AUGAAGAGGUAUAUGCAUUUCCCUAAAUCUAUUUUGAGGCAAAUAUUUUGGCUGCUUGUGUUUACGGGGCCUUUGAUUUGUAUUUUGAAAUGUAUAAAAAUUGAGAAAAUAUUCUCAAGAACAAAAAGUUACUUUAUGGAGCCGUACAUCAUCUCAAUAUUCAUGAAAAAUGAGGAACUCAUCUCAGUUGAUACAAGCAAUGAUAUUAACUGCUCAUCAAUUUUCGAAAUGGAUCCAAGUGAAAUUAGGAGAAGUUUAGAAAUUCAAAAGAUGCAUAUAGUUGAUUUAGAAGAUGAAAAUAUUACAGCAAUGACAUGUGACUGUAAUGCUUAUAAAAAUUUACGACAAUACCACAUGAAACCUUUAUCAUUCGAAGAGAAAAACUUCCCAAUAGCAUAUUCUAUAGUUGUCCAUAAAGAUGCAAUUAAUGUUGAAAGACUUCUCUGUACAAUUUAUAAUCCAUGGAAUGUUUACUGUAUUCAUUACGACAAGAAAUCAUCUACAAUCUUCAAAAUGGCCAUGAUAAACCUAGCCAAAUGUUUUUCAAAUGUUUUUAUUGCAUCCAAAAUUGAAAGAGUCAUUUACACUCACAUUUCGAGGCUUCGGGCAGAUCUAAAUUGCUUGUCUGAUUUGUUAAAUUUCUCUGUUCAGUGGAAUUAUGUUAUAAAUUUGUGUGGACAAGAUAUGCCACUUAUGUCAAAUUACAAACUUGUAACUGAGCUGAAGAAGUUGAAUGGGAGAAAUAUGCUAGAGACCUCGAGACCAAAUGAUAAAAAGAAACAACGUUUUAGAUAUCAUUACGAAGUUAGAAAAAAGCAAGACAGUGAUUGCACUGAGAUGCUGGUCAGAACAUUUUUUAUCAAAGAUCCUCCACCUUCCAACAUUGAGAUAUUUGUUGGAAGUUCAUACUUUGUUCUAAGUCGGUUAUUCAUUGACUAUAUUUUUCACUGUCCAUUGGUUUCAGAUUUUUUAUUUUGGUCUAAAGAUACUUUUUCUCCUGAUGAACAUUUCUGGGCAACCCUUGCACGUUUUCCCGGCAUACCAGGGGAAAUUAAAAACACAGAUUAUGAUGUUACAGACCUGCAAAGCAGAACUCGUCUGGUGAAAUGGAGAAUGCACAACACUUAUCCCAAUUGCACUGGAAUUUAUGUCCGCAGUGUGUGUAUUUAUGGAGCGGCUGAACUAAGAUGGCUUGUUACAUCAGGGUACUGGUUUGGCAAUAAGGUUGACCCAAAAGUAGAUCCUAUUUUAGUAAAAUGCCUGAUUGAAAAUAUUGAAGAACAGCAAAGGCAAAAUGUGCAAUUAUCCUUAAGUUAA